UGCGACUGACAGUAGUAAAUCGUCUCGAAAGCUACAACCUAAAACCCUCAUCGGCACGUAUAUCUGAAAACUGCAUUCCUUUCUCAAUGGCAAAGAAUAACAACUCAUUGAAAUCGACAGCAGUGGUAUUCGGAGCCCUAGCUUUUGGAUGGCUGGCAAUAGAGCUUGCUUUCAAACCAUGGCUUGAAAAAGCCCGAGCCGCCAUCGACAAGUCUGACCCUACUCGUGAUCCCGAUGAUGAUGAUGAAGCCGCCGAUCAAACUUCAGAAGCCGCCAAGUCUCAAGUCGAUGUUGAUCCUCCCGAGAAAAACAACUGAUUUCAGAGUUCCGUUUAAUUUUUGGGAUGUAAAACCCCCAAUAUAUAUGCUUUAAUUUAACUUGAUAAUAAUAAUAAAAAAAAUUAGUUGGAAUAUUUUGAAUAUGGUGACUUGUUCAUUUCUGUUUUUCUUCAGUAUGUGUUGCUAGAAGUUUAACUCGGUUCAAGUGGGAAUUUCACCUACCUUGCUACUGUAGAUUGGAUUUUGAUUAGAGAACAUGUCACUAGACUAUCUAUAGCGGAGUAUAAGCUUUUGAAAUA